AUGCUAGAGAAGUUAGCUGGGUACUUUCCAGUAGAUGCACCAAGAGCUAACAAGGAAAAGAUAAGGAGUGAUGUCAAACAUUAUGUUUGGGAUAAUCCUUAUUUAUGGAAAUUCUACAGUGACCAAGUCAUCAGAAGGUGCAUACCUGAUGAAGAGAUUCCAUCCAUACUACAGUUUUGUCAUGCCUCAACUAGAAAGGACUGGAGCCAAAGCCUUGAUGAUGCCUUGUGGGCACACAGAACUGCAUUCAAGACACUCUUGAGAAUGUCACCAUAUAGGGUGGUCUAUAGAAAAGCUUGUCAUUUGCCAGUUGAGGUGAAACGCAAAGCAUAUUGGGCAGUGAAGACCUGUAAUAUUCAUUAUGACUCAGUUGGGGAACAGAGAAAGUUGCAACUGCAAGAGCUAAAGGAGUUGCGUCUUGAGACUUAUGAGAACUCAAGAAUCUACAAAGAAAAGACCAAGAGGUACCAUGACAAGAUGAUCUCAAGAAAAGAAUUCUACUUUAGUCAAAAGGUCCACUUGUUCAAUUCUCGCCUCAAACUCAUCCUCGGAAAGCUCAAAUCAAGGUGGUUCGCCACAAAGGUAUUCGCUCAUGGUUCAGUGGAAAUCCAAAGUGAUUCUACUAGUAAAAGGUUUACGGUGAAUGGGCAUCGUUUGAAUCCAUUCUUACAAAAUUCAACCACUUUGAAGGAAGUUGAAGAGAUUGACCUGCACUCCUCAUCAUAA